CUGGUUGAACUCCCUCCAUUUAUUUGCUAUUUCGCGUCGCAAGAGGUAAAUGCUCGUCCGGAACAUUCCUGUCCUUGGACAAACCACCAUCAACGGAGAGCAAGAGGCGAGUAACCAAAGCCCGAUAAAAAACACCCCAAGAACCGAUAAUGUGGAAUUAGUGUGAUUGUGCGCCGGAAGCAGCUUCGUCGCAGGAUUAAACCCCGAGGAUUCCGGAGAAAAGAAAAAAAAAGUGCGUAAGUAGCUCAGAAAAGGACGCGUCAGCGGGAGAGAGACGAAGCGAGGUGAGGUACCGUGCACUAGAGCGAAACAGCUUGCUUGAGGAGAGACACACAGUUUGGAGGAAUCGCAGCAGGCCAAACGGCACGCGACGCGCACAAAGCCAAAAACAAUAGACAAGACAACAAAAGUCAACAGCCAACAGAGAAAUAAAAAGCAAUGGCGACCGGAUUCAGGAUUCACGAGGACCUCACCGAGAAGGAGAACCAGGUGCAGCUGGCGGGCAAGUCGGUCAAUGUGGGCGCCGGACUCAAGCAGCAGAUCCAGCAGCGGUCCACCUUUGGGGUGCUGAACAACUUGGCCGGAAAUGGCAGGGCGGCGACGGCUCUGGCGAACAUCGGCGGGGACAAGGCGGCCCUAAAGGAUCCCAAAUUCAAGGUCAAGCCCUCGGUGCUGUCCAAGCAAACCAAGAAUGUGGACGAAAACACCAUCGUCAUUCCGUCGGUCAACCACGCCAAGACCGUCCUCCCGAAACCCGCCGAGCCGUUCAAGACCUUCCAGGUGUACGACGACUCGAAGGAGAACAGCAAGAUCACCGCCAAGGCGACCACCAAGGACGAAUCGCUCGCUGACGCCGCCAAGCGGGAACCGCUGCAGGAGCUCAAGAAUGCCGAACUGCUCGAAACCCCGAUGUCCGUGUCCGAGUCCCUGUCGCCCAUGUCGGUGGACAAAUCGGUGGCGUUGAUCGAGGCGGACUCCUCGCUUGCGGUCCCGCGCAACGACCGCGAGCGCUUCUUCGAGGUCGAAGAGUACCAGGUGGACAUUCUGGCGUACCUGCGCGAGGCCGAAAAGCGCCACCGCCCGAAGCCGCUGUACAUGAAGAAGCAGCCGGACAUUAACCAAUCGAUGCGCACCAUCCUGGUCGAUUGGCUCGUCGAGGUGUGCGAGGAGUACCGGCUGCAGAACGAAACGCUCUGUCUGGCCAUCUCGUACAUUGACCGGUUCCUCAGCUUCAUGUCGGUGGUGCGCGCAAAACUGCAGCUGGUCGGCACAGCUGCCAUGUUCAUCGCCGCCAAGUACGAGGAGAUUUACCCGCCAGAUGUGGGCGAGUUUGUGUACAUCACCGACGACACGUACAGCAAAACGCAAGUGCUGCGUAUGGAGCAACUCAUCCUGAAGGUCCUCGGGUUCGAUCUGUCCGUACCAACGACUUUGGUAUUCACCUCCGUCUACUGCGUCAUGAACGACGUGCCCGACAAGGUCAAGUACAUGUGCAUGGUGAGUGUGAGCGAUGCGAUGCUGCUGCAAGGAGGAGGAACCUGUGCAAUUAUUAGUCAAACCAAUUUGUAGAAUGGGGCAGCGAAUGAUCGCGUCCAGACUCGAUUAUACCACGUAUUCAAAACAAGGUUGUUGAUCGAUAAAAUUAUC